GGGAGAACCUACAUUUGCACUCCUUUUCCGCGUGUUGCGCUUCUCACUUAGUCACUCGCUUAGUACCUCUGUAUCUUAACAUGAUUUUGGCCCGGCUCGUGAUGGGCGCCCUUGCUGGGGCUGGGGCUGUAAACGCUGCAUACAGCAUCGCGUCAGAUGCCGAUAUCAAGCGAACAGCUUCGGACGUGGCAUGGGAUCUCCUGCAAUACUACAAAGGCAACGAAACAGGACAGACGCCUGGAAUCCUGCCCGGCCCUCCCCCAGCGGGCGAUUACUACUGGUGGGAGAGCGGCGCCAUGUGGGGGACGCUGAUCGAUUAUUGGAAGUUGACGGGCGAUGCGACAUACAACGACGAGAUCACGAGGUCGAUGCUUUGGCAGGUUGGGCCGAACCGAGACUUCAAACCGCCCAACGUCACAGCCUCGUUGGGCAACGACGAUCAGGCCUUCUGGGGCAUGUCCGCCAUGCUGGCCGCCGAAAACAACUUUCCCAACCCUCCGAAGGACCAACCACAGUGGCUGGCGCUUGCCCAGGCCGUCUUCUACACACAAGCCACCCCCGACCAGCACGAUGAUACAUGCAACGGCGGGUUGAGAUGGCAGAUUUAUCUUUCGAACAACGGAUACGACUACAAGAACAGCAUCGCCAACGGCUGCUUCUUCAACCUCGGCGCAAGACUCGCUCGCUACACUGGGAACCAAUCAUACGCCGACUGGGCAGAGAAGACAUGGGACUGGAUGAGGGGAGUCGAGCUCAUGGACGACGAGUACAACAUUUACGACGGCGCCCACGUCCAAACCAACUGCACCGACAUCAACCGCGCCCAGUUCUCGUACAAUAAUGCCGUCUACCUCGAGGGUGCUGCCUUCAUGUAUAACUACACCAACGGAAGCGAGAAAUGGAAGCAGCGCGUAGAGAGCCUCGCCGACGCAACAAUCAAGACCUUCUUCCCGGACGACGUGGCGUACGAGAUCGCGUGCGAGGAGCACAUGUCGUGCACGGCCGACAUGCUCAGCUACAAGGGCUACCUGCACCGGUGGAUGGCGGUGGCCACGCAGGUGGCGCCCUUCCUGUCCGGCAAGGUGCUGCCCGUGCUCAAGAAAUCGACCGAGGCCGCCGUGUCCACCUGCACGGGAGAGGCCAACGGCCGCACCUGCGGCUUCAAGUGGAACACGGGCGCCUACGACGGCAGCCACGGCGCCGGCCAGCAGAUGAAUGUGCUGGGGGCUGUGUCGUCGCUGUUGAUUGCGCAGAGCGAGCCCCCCGUGACUAACAUGACGGGCGGCACCAGCAAGGGUGAUCCCGAGGCGGGGACGCACUCGGAUCGGAAUAAGAAGAAUGAGUUGCGCCCGAUCACGGCGGGGGAUAAGGCCGGCGCUAGUAUUCUGACCAUUCUUGUUAUUGUGUCGGCGGUGAGCACCUUCGGGUGGAUGAGCACGGGAGUGUAAUGGCGUGUGCGGUGAGGGUUGUUGUUGGGUCGUGGAAAAUAUGGUGGUGUUGUGGUUGGUCGUGGUUGUUUUAUUUGUUUCAGGC